UUCGUUAAUUUGAAAGGAAACAAAUCUCACAAAGACAACUGUCAAACGAACAACGUCACGGAAAUGAUAGAUCGAGAGGUAAUGCAGGUGAAUUAUUAGACGACAGUCCCUGAGAGAGACAACACAAGACAAACUAAAGGGAUAUAAACAGGACUGCGAAAAGUACUCUAAAGGGACACAACUGGACAAUUACGAAAAAAUAAUAUAAGAUCAACCAACGAAACAAAAAGGAACAAAAGCUGUCUCAUAAUUUCCAAAGAACACAGAAAUGUCUCUACGUAUAUUCCUAGGAAUUUUAGUAUUUAUUCCAUUUUCUCAAGGACAAUGGCAAACCGGUGGUGGAACUAACGGUAAUCCAGGAGGUGGUGGAGGAGGCCAGGACGUCUUGAACGGCCAAUCAGCACCGGCUCAGAGGCCAAGCUUAAGACAACAGCAGCAACAGCAACUACAACAACUUCCUGGGUUCCCCCAACAACUACAACAAACAGCUGGGUUCCCACAACAACUACAACAAACGCCUGGAUUCCCACAACAACUACAACAAACGCCUGGGUUCACUCAACAACUACCUGGUCUCCCACAGAAUUUUCAAACAUUACCCCAACAAAACAACUUUUUAGGUGGAGGAAACCCAUUCCAAAGACCAUUUUUCCCCCCACCUAGGGGACCAUUUCCCCCAUUUGGGCAACCUGGACAAAUUCCAUUUGUGCCAUUUAGAGGAGGCUUUCCUCCAUUUUUGCCAUUCCCAGGCAGACCACCCUUCCUCCCACAAUUAGGCGGAAGGCCAGGAUUUCCGGGAUCUUUUACAGAUAAUUUUGCAGGGCAACAAUUUCAAUUCCAACAACCACAGUUUUUGAAUGGAGCUGGAGGACAGGGAGGGCAAGGACAAGAUGGACUUGCUUUUGAUUCGAUACCUCCGUUAUCACUUCCUAUAGGCACACAAGGACAGUUCCCAGGAAACGCUCAACAACAAAGAAACUUUCCUCAGUUUAAUCGAGCUCAACAAGGAAACUUUCCUCAGUUUAAUCAAGCUCAACAACAAGGAAACUUUCCUCAGUUAAAUCAAGCUCAACAAGGAAACUUUCCUCAGUUUAAUCAAGCUCAACAACAAAGAAACUUUCCUCAGUUUAAUCAAGCUCAACUUCAAGGAAAUCCUCCGCAGUUUAAUCAAGCUCAACAACAAGGAAACUUUCCUCCAUUUAGUCAAGCUCAACAACCAGGAAACUUUCCUCCAUUUAGUCAAGCUCAACAACAAGGAAAUUUUCCGUUUAAUCAAGCUCAACAACAAGGAAACUUUCCUCAGUUUAAUCAAGCUCAACUACAAGGGAAUCCUCCUCAGUUUAAUCAAGGCCUUCUUGCAGGUCAAGGUCAAGGACAAGGAGGAUCCGCUAUUGAUUCGAUUUCCCCGUUUUCGUUUCCUACUGGAACAGGAACAACUGAUGGCUCACAGCUUCCAACAAACGUAGCACAGAGAAUUCAAGCAUUACUCCAACAAGUUCAACAACGACAAAACCCCCAAUUUAAUCAAUUGCAAGGACAAGGAUUACCACAAGGUUUCAAUGGUAGUCCCUUUACAGAAGUAUUUCAAGGGUCAACAAACUUGGAUUCUCUAGGACAAACUCAAAAUCAAGGUGCAUCACUUCCAUGGAUGCAAACAGGAAAUGGACAGAGUGCAGGAUUACCAACAAACCCAUUCGGCCAGACCCCAGGACUGCAAGGAUUAGGUGGAUCCAAUAAUCAACUACCAUGGCAAACUUCUCAAACCCAACCUCAGAACUCUGGUGUUUCCGAUCUUCUUCCAGGCCUUACAUUCCCCGAUAACUCUGGUCAGAACACCGGUCAAGGUAACACCGGAAGCAGUGGCACAGGAGUCCCCGAUUUCUCCUCUCUCCUUUCAGGAACUGGGUCGGGUACACAAUCCCUCGAUUUCUCGUCUUUAUUUGGAAAUAAUGGUAACACUGGAGGUACAGGUGGACCACAAGGUACGCAAGCACAAACUCCACCCCAACUUCCGACAAAUUUGCUUCAAGGACUUCAGGCCCUUCAAAGUGCUGGGCCUGCUCCAGGAACUAAUCCUUUAGGUGGAAACCAAGGCGGUAAUCCACUGAGUGGUCUACCAGGAGCUCAAAAUAACAAUCCUUUUAGUGGAGCUCAGGGCACCAGUCCAUUUGGAAAUCUUCCUAGUUUGAAUCUAGGCAAUGGAGCUAAUGGUAACAAUCCAUUUGCAGGUCUUCCAUCAUCUGGAUUACAAAGUACUAAUCCAUUAGCUGGUUUUCCGAAUGGUCUUCCAUCAACAGGAAACAGUGGUAACAAUCCAUUUGGAGGUCUUCCAUUAGGAAAUCUUCCAGGAGGCUCUCAGCAGGGAGGAUUACCAAGUAGUAAUCCAUUUGGAAAUCUACCAAAUGGUAACACGUCACCUGGAAACAAUGGAAAUAAUCAAUUUGGUGGUUUCCAGGGUUUAUUGGGUAGACCCCAAGGGAAUAAUCCACUCGGUCUUCCAGGCGGUUCACAAUUACCUGGAAUGCAAGCAAAUAAUCCUUUUAAUGCCAAUCCGUUUGCCGGUCUUCCAAAUAUGAAUGCAUUGGGUGGACUUCAAGGAGGAAAUCUCACUGGACUGCCAGAUCCACUUGGUGCCGCAGGUCUUCCUCCAUUCUUGCCGCCUGGUUUCCCCCAGAUGGGAGGUCAAUUUCCAUCAAACAUCGGAGCCACACAAACAGGACAAUCCGGAACUUCUACAGGUACUGGAAAUAACCAAGGAACCCCAGGUGUUUUUAAUCCCCCAACGGGUAUGGACUUUUUGCAAGGAUUGGGAACAGAUGCUAACCCCUUCCCUGGUCCAUCUGGAGCUGGUGGAUCAACAUCAGGAACAAAUCCUCUCUCUGGACUCACCGGUCAAUCCAGUGGUUUGAGCCCCUUCUCCAGCGCUGGCUCGCCCUCAUCAAACCCCGUCUCUGGGGGUGGUAAUACCGACCCUUUCUCAACCUUCACAUCAUUUCUUCAGAACAACCCUUCUAACACCGGAAUCCCAUCCUUUGGACAGUGAUCAUCUAAAAUUUGAUCUCUUAAACCUAAUUUAAGUGGGAAUACUGUGUUUUCCUGAAACUAAUUAAAAACUCUCCUUCUCGUCUGUUACUGUGGUUAUGGUUUGUGAAGAAUUCAAAUCAAACACUUCAACAUCUAAUUGACUUACUUUUUUGUUUCUUUUUUAACAACAUUUGAUGCAUGUAAUGAUACUAAUGUUUUAAUUUAAUAAACAAAUUAUCUCUUUUCUAA